UUAAUUUAAUCCGACUCCAGUCUUGUGACACACCACCAGGGGGCGCUCGGGGUCUGCCUUGACGCUGCACAUUGAAGACGGCGUAGAAGAAGAGUUAGUAUUGUAAACACAAGGAUAUGGCUGACGAGAGGGUUGGAGGUGAAGACAACAUUAACGACAACAUGGGGAACCAGUUACAGCUUUUACCAGACAACGAGGAAGAGGAGGAAGAUAACAUGGAGACUGAAGACCGAGACAGUGAGGAAGCAGAGAAGCCCACCAUCAUCACCUUUGACCCCAGUCUCCCCACAUCACAUGCUUACCUGGGUUCAGACAUGGAGGAGUUUCACGGCCGCACAGUCCACGAUGAAGACAGCUGUCAGACCAUCCCUGUGCUGCCACACACAGCUGUGAUGCUGGUGCCAGGCCAAACACUGCCUCUGCAGCUCUUCAGGCCGCAGGAGGUCAGUAUGAUGCGGAGCAUCAUCCAGAGAGACCGCACCUUUGCUGUGCUCGCACACAGCAAUGACACAGGUGAGCCGGAUGCAGAGUUUGGGACAACAGCGGAAAUCUAUGCUUACCGAGAAGAGCAGGAAUAUGGCAUUGAAACUGUCAAAGUGAAAGCUGUGGGCAGGCAGAGAUUCAAGGUCCAUGAGAUAAGAACUCAGGCAGAUGGAAUCAGACAAGCCAAAGUACAGAUCCUUCCAGAAAGAAUCCUUCCAGAUCCUCUCUCUGCCGUGCAGCUAACACCCCUUUCCAGGCUCCACAUGCACCCCUCCUCCAAACCCCCAACUCAGAGCUGCAAACAGGCCCAGCGCUGGUGGAAGAACUACCAACAGAGGAAGUUUCACUGUGCCAGUCUGACGCCAUGGCCUCCCUGGGUCUACGCUCUCUACGACUCUGAGUCACUAAUGAACAGAGUGAAGAUACAGCUCCAUGAAUGGGACGAGAAUCUGAAGGAUGAAUCUCUCCCGACGAACGCCGUAGACUUUUCCUACAGAGUGGCAGCCUGUCUGCCCAUAGAUGACGCUCUGCGGCUCCAGCUGCUGAAGAUCGGCAGUGCCAUCCAGAGACUUCGCUGUGAACUGGACAUCAUGGACCGGUGCACGUCACUGUGCUGUAAGCAGUGCCAGGACACAGAAAUCACCACAAAAAUUGAGAUUUUCAGCUUGUCUCUGUAUGGCCCCAUGGCUGCAUACGUCAACCCUCACGGUUACGUCCAUGAAACCCUGACGGUCUACAAAGCAAACAACCUCAACCUGGUCGGCAGGCCAUCCACUUUGCACAGCUGGUUUCCAGGGUACGCCUGGACAAUUGCUCAGUGCCGAACCUGCGGGUCUCAUAUGGGUUGGAAGUUCACAGCCACCAAGAAAGACUUGACUCCAGCUCGUUUCUGGGGUCUGACCCGUUCAGCUAUGCUCCCUCGUAUCCCCCAGGACAAGGGGGAGGAGGGAAGACAGGGCUCUCGCCUCUUCUGCCUGUGAAGUUGAACUAUCAUUUAUCGUAAAAAAACAAACAAACAACUUCUAACCCCCCAAGCCUGGAUCUUCAUGCACUCUCUGGCUGUGUUUAUUUCUAGUAAUCAAUGCAUCACACAGCGCCUGUCACCCUUUGCAGUAAAUCCAUCAUAUUAGUGGAAAGGUCAGUAGGCCUUUAAAUGGCGCUCUAAGAGCUAAUUAGAACGGGAUGGAGGUAGUGAUUUUUUUUAAAGGUUCUUAAGAUGUAAAAGCAGCAACGAGAUGACAAAGUGCAUUGUGAGAAAGUGAUGCAGAAAUAGAGAAUAACAGAUUGAACAGAUUGUUUCCAUGACACGGCUAAUCUGCACUCUUGGUAGAUGCAGACACACAUACUCAAAAGCUAUGCUUAAUGCAUAAUUUCCCUUCUACUCCUUUCCUCUGUAUCAUGGAGAGUUUCAUUGCAUGUAGCUGAAGUAGAGAUAUUGUUGGUCACAUACUUUAAUCUGUUGUAAAACCAACCAGUUAAUAUGAAUUAUCUUAGCAUUCACAUCCUUUGUGGGUUUCUCAGAUAUGUUUUCUCAUUUUAGCUGCCGUAAGUUAGGUGGAGGGAAUGAAAGGGCACUUGUGCACUAUGGGGGAUAUCUUCAAUCUUGGAAUAAAUUGGAUGUAUUUUUGUAUGCAAAAAGAUUGGAAAGUAAGUGAACAUAUUCAUCCAUGUGUGCUUUUUAUUAUCACAUCAGUUUUUUGAUCCAAUAAACAGAAACUGAGGUGACAAUAACCACAAUGUGUAAUAUACUGGUGUAAAUUGAUACGUGAUAUAACUGGUUUCUGUUUUUUAUUCAACGAAGGUUCAUUGUCCUGUCAGAUGAUGUGCUUCAGGAAACAAACUAGUGGAAAUUAGAGAUGUCCUGGUGUCUAAUGGAGGACUGCUUUUUUUUCUUCUAAAAAGGUUCAAGCUAAUUUACAUAGAGAAUGAGAGGAGCUUUUACCUGUCUUCAUUUAGUUUGUUCAUGGGUGGCAUGUUAAAAUGGUGUGCCUACACCCCAGCUCACUGUCUUUUGAUGAGUUUGAUGAAUCAGUGAAAUACAUAUCUGAAUACAAAGGUUGUAAGAGAUGAAGAGAUAAGAUUUAUAUAAUUAAAUUUUAUUUUUUAUUUUUUUUUAAUGUUUUUUGUGGUUUGUAGUUUCACAGUUUUCAGGAUUUUACUUCUUGCGAUUUUGUUGCAAGGUACUGGCUCUUGUUUGUAUAAAUGUAACUGUAAAUAAGAGGCAGUUAUAGCAUUUUUUGUGUAAUAUAAAUGGUGUUCAGUUUGUAAGUCUGGCUCUUAUUUUGCAUAUCUCUUCAUGUCACAGGGAAUUUUUUCGAAAUAAUCUUGUCAGUAGUAAAUCAUAUAUUGCAAUAAGAAAUCAUCUAGAUUGUGAA